UUUGGAAAUAUCUACACAAGAUGUUGACUUGGUGGAUUACAAUAGUGCAAGCCUUAUUUAUGUUCUUUGCCACUGAAUCCAUAGGUGUACUUCUAGAUCCAUGUGGUCUUAUCUACCCUGAAUCUCCAGUUGUACAACUUGGUUCUAAUUUUACUGCAGUAUGUGUACUAAAGGAAGAAUGUAUGAAUGAUUAUGCUGUAAAUUCUGAGAACAUUUUCUGGAAAACCAACCAUGCUACUGUUCCUAAGGAGCAAUAUACUAUCAUAAACAGAACAGCAUCUAGCGUCACUUUUACAGAUAUAUCUUCAUUAAAUACUCAGCUCACUUGCAACUUUUAUGCAUUUGGACAGAUUGAGCAAAAUGUUUAUGGAAUCACAAUAAUUUCAGGCUUGCCUCCAGAAAAACCUACAAAUUUGAAUUGUAUUGUGAAUGAGGAUAGGUAUAUGAUGUGUCAGUGGGAUCCUGGAAGGAAAACAGGUUUGGAAACAAACUAUACUUUAAAAUCUGAAUGGAUAACUGAGAAGUUUGCUGAUUGUAAACCAAAGCAUGAUACACCCAAUUCGUGUAUUCUUGAUUAUCUUCCUGUAUUUUUUGUCAACAUUGAAGUCUGGGUGGAAGCAGAGAAUGCUCUUGGGAAGGUUACAUCAGAUCAUAUCAAUUUUGAUCCUGUAGAUAAAGUGAAGCCCCACGCACCGCAUAAUUUAUCAGUCAGAAACUCAGAGGAACUGUCUAGUAUCUUAAAAUUGGCAUGGAUCAACCCAAGUAUCGAGGGUUUUAUAAGACUGAAAUACGACAUUCAAUAUAAGACCAAGGAUGCCUCAUCUUGGAGCCAGAUUCCUCCUGAAGAUACAUCAUCCACCCGAUCUUCAUUCACCAUCCAGGACCUUAAACCUUUUACUGAAUAUGUGUUUAGGAUGCGUUGUAUGAAGGAAGAUGGUAAGGGAUUCUGGAGUGACUGGAGUGAGGAAGCAAGUGGGAUCACAUAUGAAGCUAGACCAUCCAAAGAACCAAGUUUCUGGUAUAAGAUAGAUCCAUCCCAUACUCAUGGCUAUAGACCUGUAAAACUCAUGUGGAAGACAUUGCCACCUUUUGAAGCCAAUGGAAAAAUCUUGGAUUAUGAAGUGACUCUUACAAGAUGGAAAUCUCAUUUUCAAAAUUACAGAGUUAAUGACACAAAACUGACAGUAAACCUCACAAACGAUCGCUAUAUAGCAACUCUGACAGCAAGAAAUCUGGUUGGCAGAUCAGAUGCAUCUAUUUUAACUAUCCCUGCCUGUGACUUCCAAGCUUCUCACCCUGUAACGGACCUUAAAGCAUUCCCCAAGGAUAACAGGCUUUGGGUUGAAUGGACUGCUCCUAAUGAAUCUGUAAAUAAAUAUAUAGUUGAGUGGUGUGUAUUAUCAGAUCAUUCACCCUGUAUCCAAGACUGGCAACAAGAAGAUGGUACCGUGCAUCUCACCUAUUUAAGAGGGGACAUAAAGGAGAGUAAAUGUUACUUGAUAACAGUUACUCCAGUAUAUCCUGAUGGACCAGGAAGCCAUGAAUCUGUAAGGGCCUACCUGAAACAAGCUGCACCUUCCAAAGGACCUACUGUUCGGACAAAAAAAGUGGGGAAGAAUGAAGCUGUUUUAGAAUGGGACAAACUUCCUGUUGAUGAUCAAAAUGGAUUUAUCAGAAAUUAUACUAUACUUUAUAAAACUGCCUUUGGAAAUGAAAUCGCUGUGAAUGUGGAUUCUUCCCACACAGAAUAUACAUUGUCCUCUUUGACUAGUGACACAUUAUACAUGGUACGAAUGGCAGCAUACACAGAUGAAGGUGGAAAGUAUGGUCCCGGUUUCACUUUUACUACUCCAAAGUUUGCUCAAGGAGAAAUUGAAGCCAUAGUUGUGCCUGUUUGCUUAGCAUUCUUAUUAACAACUCUUUUGGGAGUGUUAUUCUGUUUCAAUAAGCGAGACCUGAUUAAAAAACAUAUCUGGCCUAAUGUUCCAGAUCCUUCAAAGAGUCAUAUUGCCCAGUGGUCACCUCACACACCUCCCAGGCACAAUUUUAAUUCAAAAGAUCAAAUGUAUCCAGAUGGCAAUUUUACUGAUGUAAGUGUUGUGGAAAUAGAAGCAAAUGUCAAGAAGCCUUUGCCAGAGGAUCUGAAAUCACUGGACCUAUUUAAGAAGGAAAAAAUUAGUACAGAGGGACACAGCAGUGGUAUUGGAGGGUCCUCAUGCAUGUCAUCUUCUAGGCCAAGCAUUUCUAGUAGUGAUGAAAAUGAAUCUGGACAAAACACUUCGAGCACUGUCCAGUAUUCUACUGUGGUGCAUAGUGGUUACAGACACCAGGUUCCAUCGGUUCAAGUCUUCUCAAGAUCUGAGUCCACCCAGCCCUUGUUAGAUUCAGAGGAGCGGCCAGAAGACCUACAGUUAGUAGAGAAUGUUGACAGUGGUGAGGGCAUACUGCCCAGGCAACAGUAUUUCAAACAGAACUGCAGUCAACAUGAAACCAGUCAAGAUAUUCCACAUUUUGAAAGGUCAAACCAAGUUUCAUCAGUCAGUGAAGAAGAUUUUGUCAGACUUAAGCAGCAGCAGAUUUCAGAUCAUAUUUCACAGUCCUGUGGAUCUGGGCAAAUGAAAAUGUUUCAGGAAGUUUCUACAGCAGAUGUUUUUGGUCUAGGCACUAAGGGAGAAGUUGAGAUAUUUGAAACAGUUGGGAUGGAUGAAGGAAUGCCUAAGAGUUACUUACCACAGACUGUGAGACAAGGUGGUUACGUGCCUCAGUAAGAGACUAGCUCCUGUCCUACUUCAACAGUACCUGUAAGACAAAGCUAAAAAUAUGUUAUCUGUCAUUUCAGAUAAAAAUCAUCUUCACUCGUUGAAGAUGGUCAUUUGCCUUUAAGGACAGAAAUACUUUCCCAUGGGUUGUUUCCAUUCCAGGGUAUCCAGGAUUACUUUAAGCACUACAUAAACUGACUUCAUCCCCGGAAUAGCUGAAUGACUUUGUGCUGUUUCAGGAUAUUUGCACUGAAGAAAAACAGAAAGCUUGCCUGGAAUUUAUAAAGUAAAACAUUUUAUUUUUUGUUUUGCCACACAGAAAACAGAGGGUAUUUAAGUAAUAAGCAGCAAAAUACUUAGUGGUCCCAGCCAUAAGCAUUUUGGUGAAGAUGAUUAUCAAAGUGACUUAGGGAGAGUUUGAUGGAAAAUAUUUGAGGAGCAAAGUUGAGAACCCUGUCCUUCAGCUGACCAGGUCAUUUAACUGUCAGCCUAGCUUUUGUAGUCUGAGCAAACAA